CUCUACUGUGAUUAUUAGGGUUUGCGUCGGCGGCAGCGGCAGCAUCAGAGCUUUUCUUCGGGUAGAAGACCUAAUAGGCGGCGCUCCAUCAACGGCAUUUCAUCAUGGGUCGUAUGCAUAGUGGAGGUAAGGGUAUUUCAGCUUCUGCUCUACCUUAUAAGAGAACUCCACCAAGUUGGUUGAAGAUCUCUUCUCAAGAUGUUGAUGAAAAUAUCUGUAAGUUUGCCAAGAAGGGAAUGACCCCUUCCCAAAUUGGUGUUAUUCUUCGUGAUUCUCAUGGAAUUGCUCAGGUUAAGAGUGUUACUGGAAACAAGAUAUUGCGCAUCCUUAAAGCCCAUGGUCUUGCUCCGGAAAUUCCUGAAGACUUGUAUCACCUUAUCAAGAAGGCAGUAGCAAUCAGGAAGCACUUGGAAAGGAAUAGAAAAGACAAAGACUCUAAGUUCAGAUUGAUCCUUGUGGAGAGCAGGAUUCACCGUCUUGCCCGUUACUACAAGAAGACAAAGAAGCUCCCACCUGUCUGGAAAUAUGAAUCAACCACCGCAAGCACUCUUGUCGCAUAAGACUGAUGAACCAUGUGUUUAUUUUUUCCAAGUUUUGCAGCAAAGUUUCAUCUGUUGAGAAGAAUUGCUUUUAUUUGAACUCAAUUUAGUUUUAUUUCUUGUUGAACUCUUACUACUUCUGUUAUUGCAACAAUGGAAUCAAGAUUUUAUCAGUUUUAAUAUAUCAACUCUUCAGUCUUUUUGGAU